AUGCUCGUGGUGACGCUUCCGAAAAAUAUUGACGAUAAUAAGAGGAUUCGUCUCGCACAUGAAAGGUUCUCAGCUGAUAAAUUCAACCCUAAUUUUAGUAAAGUUGCACGCGUUAGUGGUGUAUGCAUGUACCCCAAGAAGCGUCCUUCACUGCCAGUAUCGGUGUUAGAACAACUUAACGCUGGUACCAAUAACAACGCAAAAGAAAUCUCUGCUCCAAUACCCGGUUCCUUGGCUGAAGAAAGGGCUCUGAGUUCCAUUAUUGCGAAAGAUGCAACCCCACAUCUAGCAUUCACGUCCCACAAGCUUCUCCCGCACUGUCAGCCCAAAGCUCAGUCUAAAUCUCCAGCGUUUGUGGAACGACACUCGACACCGCAAAGUCCCAAGUACAGUUACUUGCCUGCACCAUACCACACCAUUCUUGCCGUAAGAAGUAUAACGUAUGCUAUGGGUGACGUAUUGUCUCCCCUGAUGUACACCGAGGCACCUCCCCUCUCUCCCCCUGAGAUUUCCCCGAAUCUUUUGCACCUCCAAUUUCGUUCCGUGACGUCGGCGCCACACGAAGCGAGAUUCCGUCCCCUUCCCUCCCUCCCCGUCUAUAAAAGUAUGCCAAUCUCGGACCGUGAAAAAGGCAAUUGGACACAGCGCGGUUUCCCUAGAUCUGGGAGCGGGGAUUUGGAAUUUCUGAUCAAGUACAAGAGAGUGUGGCGCGAGGUCGAGGUGGAUGUCUGGGUUAAUUGA